AAAAGUCACUCCACACUGAGUGUAACUCAGAGGUGCACAGACUGAUCAUACGAAGACUACAGGAUAUCAUGGAGACUCCCUCCAACACGACGACCAAGACAAAAGUUGUAGCUGUGGUGGGUGGUGGUUUGGUUGGUGCACUUAACGCCUGCUUCUUUGCUAAAAGAGGUUUCGAAGUGGAAGUCUUUGAAUCUCGGGAAGAUAUCCGAAAAGCCAAAAUCGUGAGUGGAAGAAGCAUCAACUUGGCUUUGUCUCACAGGGGCCGACAAGCACUUCAGCAUGUUGGAUUGGAGGAGAAGAUCGUUUCCCAGGGAAUUCCUAUGCAUGCCAGAAUGAUCCAUUCUCUGAGUGGGAAACAGUCAUCUAUACCUUACGGCAAAAAAGGCCAGUAUAUCCUGUCUGUAAACCGAGCCAAUCUCAACAAAGAGCUGCUAACAGCGGCAGAGACAUAUCCAAACACUAAGUUGAACUUUGGCCACAAACUGCAGGACUGGAAUGCUGAAACAGGGCUAAUAACCUUUAUCAGGUCAGAUGGGACCAAGAUGCAAAUAAAGACCAACCUGAUUGUUGGCUGUGAUGGAGCAUUCUCUGCAACCCGUAAGCAAUUUCUUCGCUGCAGCCGCUUUGACUACAGCCAGACCUACAUCCCUCAUGGCUAUAUGGAACUCAGCAUGCCCAGUGUUGGUGGAGAGUUUGCUAUGAAGCCUAAUUAUCUGCACAUCUGGCCAAGAAACACCUUCAUGAUGAUCGCGAUGCCCAACCUGGACAAGUCAUUUACCUGCAUCCUCUUCAUGCCCUUUGAUGAGUUUGAAAAGAUCACUACAGGAGAUGAGGUCAUCAGUUUUUUCCAGAAGUGCUUCCCUGACAGCAUACCACUUAUAGGCAUUGAGGCCCUGAAGAGGGAUUAUUUCCGAAUGCCAGCACAGGCCAUGGUGUCUGUCAAAUGCUCCCCGUAUCACAUUAGUGACAAGUGCGUCCUGAUGGGUGAUGCAGCUCACGCGGUGGUGCCAUUCUACGGGCAGGGGAUGAAUGCUGGCUUUGAGGACUGCAUUGUGUUUGAAGAAAUAAUGGAACAAUUGAAUGACGAUUUCAGUGCCGUGCUGCCGGAGUUUUCAAGACAGCGAGUUCCAGAUGACCACGCAAUAGCAGACCUGGCAAUGUACAACUACACUGAAAUGCGGGCACACGUCAACUCCAAAUGGUUCCUUUUCCGAAAGUACGUUGACAACAUCCUUCACUUCCUGCUGCCCAAAACAAUAAUACCUCUUUAUACAAUGGUCACAUUUACGAGGAUAAGGUACCACGAGGCGGUGCAGCGCUGGCGUUGGCAAAACAAAGUGAUAAACCGUGGCCUGCUGCUCUGUGCUUUGGGAGCUGUUUUGGGAAGCGCUUAUCUGCUCAUCAGAAAUGUUCCUCCUGUGCUCAGCGUCACAGCUGAAGACCUGUGGCACAGGCUCGUGAUGUUCAGCUCCUCCUAAGUACCAGCAAGAGUUCUCAGCUGAUGAGUGUAAUGGCCGAAAAAAAAAAAAAACCCUCAAAACGAGACUGAACUCAAGAAUUCAUCAUUUCAAG